AUGUUGUCCUCCUCCAAUGCAUCUUUUGCCCCCCCAGAUUUUUUCCUGACAGGCUUCCCUGGGCUGGAAAAAUCCCACAUCUGGAUCUCCAUCCCCAUCUGUUCCAUGUACUUUGUGUCCAUCGCUGGGAACUGCACCAUCCUCUUCAUGAUCUGGACGGACCAAACCCUCCACGAGCCCAUGUACUAUUUCCUCUGCAUGCUGGCCCUCUCAGACCUGGGUUUGUCUUCGGCCACUUUGCCUACCAUGCUGAGCGUCCUCUGGUUCAACCACCGCUGGAUCCACUUUGACGCCUGCCUGGCCCAGAUGUACUUCAUCCACACCUUCUCCAUCAUUGAGUCAGGCAUUCUGCUGGCCAUGGCCUUCGACCGCUUGGUGGCCAUCCGGAACCCCCUGAGAUACACAUCGAUCUUGACCAAUGAUGCCAUCAUCAAGAUUGGGCUGGGGGCUUUCCUCCGGGCUGCUUUUCUUGUGUUCCCCUGUUCCUUCCUCCUGAAGACAAUGCGGUAUGGAAGAAGAAAUGUGCUCUCCUACCCAUUCUGUUUGCACCAGGAUAUUCUGAAGGUGGUGCUUUCAGACCGGAGGCUGAGUAGCAUCUAUGGGUUGAUGGUGGUGCUCACCUCCAUGACCGUUGACUCUGUGUUGCUCAUGGCGUCCUAUGUCAUGAUCCUCAAAACCGUGCUAAGCAUCGCCUCCAAGGUGGAGGGGCUGCGGACCCUGAACACUUGCAUCUCCCACAUCUGUGCCGUCGUCACCUUUUACACGCCCAUGAUUGGCCUCUCUAUGAUCCACCGGUAUGGGAAGAAUGCCCCACCUGUGGUUCACAUCCUCAUGGCCAACGUCUAUCUUUUGGUGCCUCCCCUGAUGAACCCUAUCGUGUACAGUGUGAAGACGAAGCAAAUUAGAACACGGAUCGUUAAAAGGUUCUGGAAGGGAAAAGGGUCAAGUGAGGCCUCUUAG